AUGAAUGUGUUGUCCCUUAACAUUCGGGGUUUGGGAGUUCAAGGUAAAGCUUCAUGGGUUAGGAAUUUACGGAUUCAAAACGAGGCGAAUUGUGUCUUUUUACAAGAAACGCAAUGUAGCGAUGUUUCUGGUUUUGAUCUUGAGGACUUUUGGGGUAGAGGUAAUUUUCAAUCUGAUUGUGUAGAGGCUAAUGGUCGUUCGGGUGGUCUGAUUACCAUGUGCGAUCCGGGUUUCUUUACAGUCAUGGAUGUUAAGAAGUCGCAGAAUACUCUUCUUAUUAUUGGUACGAUUAGGGGGAGUGGGGUGUUGACAUGUUUGAUGAAUGUGUAUGCGCCUCAACAAUCGGUAGCUAAGCGGGUAGUUUGGAAUGAUAUUGAGCAAAGCAUGAGUACUGCAGAGGGGUAUUGGGUGGUUGCGGGAGCUUUUAAUUCUGUGAGGGAUAGUUCGGAAAGGAAAAAUUCUAAGUUUCAUGUGUCUUCUACUCAAGAGUUUAAUGACUUCAUUGAUAGGGCGAAUCUCCAUGAAUACGGGUUACGUGGAAGGAAGUUCACUUUUGCCGCAGGGAACAAGUUAAGUCGGAUUGAUCGUAUUCUAGUUAAUUGGGAAUUUUUUAUGGAGUGGCCAUUCGCAGAAUACAGAGCUUUGUGUAGAGAUAAAUCAGAUCAUUCGCCGCUUAUUUUGAAGAUUGUAUCAAGAAACUUUGGUCCGAAACCGUUCCGCUUUUUUAAUUCUUGGCUAGAUAGAAAUGAUUUUUAUGAGGUGGUUGCGGGUAUUUUAAAUGAAGCAAGGGUAGAUGGAGCUCCGGAUGAGCGGUUGAUGAAAAAAUUUAGACUCUUACGCCAAGGUAUUAAUACUUGGAAGGAUGCCUGUUUGAGCCGUGAGUUGGAGGAAAAGAGAACGCUGGAUCAAGAGUUAAAUCGGCUAUAG